AUGCACACGGAGAUUGAUCCCCGCUUGCCAGCACUCUAUGUGGAGGCGGAGAAGCUUGUGGCUGUUGAGGGUCCAAGCGAAGAAUUAAUCAGUCGGUUCAUCGAUCAAGAGAGUGAUCCGGUGAAGCAGCGCAGGGUUGUCUCUAUUGUUGGGUCUAGAGGUUCAGGCAAAACUACUCUUGCUAAUCAGGUGUACCAGAAAAUUAAAGGCAGAUUUUCCUGUUCUGCUUUUGUCUCUGUAUCGCGGAAGCCUAUCAUGGUUAACAUCCUGAAGGAUUUGCUAGCGGAAAUUGAGAACAAUGACAGAAAAUCUGACAAAUACCUGGCAACAAGAUCAUGCAGUGAGCGGCAUCUUAUCGAAAGGCUAAGAGCACAUCUUGAAAACAAAAGGUACCUUGUUGUCGUUGAUGACAUAUGGAGUAAAUCGGCAUGGGAACAAAUACAAUGUGCUCUUCCGAAGAAUUUCCAUGGCAGUAGAAUAAUUACGACGACACGCAUCAACAAAGUAGCUGAAUUUUGUUGCACUUCAAAUGAAGGCUUUGUUUAUCCAAUGAAACCUCUUAGCAACAAUGACUCCAAAAUAUUAUUUCUGAAAAGGACUUUCGUUGUUGCAGCUGAAUGCCCUAGUCAGCUGGAGGGGAUUAUGGAUGAUAUACUGCAUAAAUGUGAUGGUUUACCAUUGGCCAUAGUAAAUAUAGCUAGCUUGUUGGCUAGCAAACCUGUAAGCAGGGAAGAAUGGGAGAGAGUGAGAGACUCUGUUUGUUCUGCACAUGGAAAAGAAAAAGAUAAAGAGCUAGAAGUGAUAGAUAAGAUACUGUCUCUCAGCUAUUGUGAUCUAACCCAGCCUCUGAAGACAUGCUUAUUGUACCUUAGCAUGUUCCCGGAAGAUUACAUCAUUGGCAAAUAUAGGUUGGUAUGGAGAUGGAUUGCCGACGAGUUUGUUGUUCCGAAGCAUGGAUAUACUUUGGAGGAAGUAGGAGAGAGUUAUUUUAACGAGCUCAUCAACAGGAAUAUGAUUCAACAGGAAUUUAAAUUUUAUGGUGAAGCAAUUUCAUGUCGAGUCCAUGAUAUAGUACUUGACUUCAUUGUCACUCGGUCAAAUGAAGAAAAUUUUGUUUCUGUAUUAGAUGCUCAGCACAUCCCAUCUCAGUGUGACAAGAUUCGCAGGCUGUACAUCCAUAAAAAGAAUGAACAUGCAGCCGAGGUAUCACAGCAAAACAAGAAUAUGUCUCAUCUCCGUUCACUUCAUGUGUUCGGUAGAAUUACCUGGAUGCCCCCUCUUCUGGACCUACAGAUUCUUCGUGUACUAUAUUUAGAGGAUUGUAAUGGUUUGAAAGAGGACCACCUCAAAAACAUUGGAAGCUUAAUUCAUUUGAGAUAUUUGGGUCUGCGGAACACAAAUGUUAAGAACCUCCCAAUCCAAAUCAGGAAGCUAGAAUAUUUGCAAACGCUUGACCUAAGAGGAAGUGGGAUAACAGAGUUGCCAGAAUCUAUUGUUCAUCUAAAACGGCUGAGACACCUGGUUGGUCAGCGACUCAGAUUGCCGGAUGGAUUUGGCAACAUGGAAGCUCUUCAAGAGCUUUGGGAGAUCAAUGGCUCCAAGAGCUCUAUAAACUUUGGGAAGGAUCUGCAGAAUUUGAUACAGUUGAGAGUGCUUGGAAUACAUUUUGAGCAUACUUAUUGUGAUGAUGGGCAAAUCAGUACAGCUCUUUGUAAGCUUGGGGAAAACAACCUUCGCUCCCUACAUAUCAUCAACAUGGGUUGUGGUCCUCCUACGUGUUUUGCAGAUCCAUGGCGCUCUCCUCCGCGUCUCCUCCAGAAGUUUGUUUUGCAAGGUUAUAGGGAUGACAAUUUACCCUUGUUUCCGAAAUGGAUUAGUCCCUUGCUCUCUGAACUCACCUACUUAGAUUUUGGUGUUGAUCAAAUGAAUGGGAGAGACUUGCACAUGCUCGAAGGUUUGCAUGCGCUUUGCGUGCUUUGUCUGUCUGCAGAGGAAAUUCCUAAAGAAGGACUCUCGGUCAGCUGCAACGGAUUCCAAUCAUUAAGGCAUCUAUGCUUCCACAAUAUAUUUGGACCAGGAUUGGUAUUUAAAGAAGGAGCUAUGCCGAAGCUCCAAAAGCUUUUCCUUGCAUUCGAUGCAGAUGAAGCACACUCUACAUAUGGUUGUAUAGGUUUCGGCAUCCAACACCUUUUCUGUCUUAACUACAUUGAAGUCAGCAUUAACCGUACUCCUGCAAUGAAGUCUGCAAAGUAUGCUAUAGAUAAGGAAGUUAAGCUGCUCACCAGCAACCCCCAGGUUAAGUUUGUGUAG